AUGGAAGAUAUCGAUUUGGAAACUCUUGUUCAUGCAGCGAUUCAAGUGAAACUCGGCCGAUUGUCCCGUGUUCCACAAACGCAUAUGAUCGUCGAGGGUAUAUGGCCACCGGAACUGGUGCCUCUUUUUCUCAAGGAUGGCCAUUUCCCAUUGUUUGUGGAUUCCGAUGAAGAUCUGUUAGAUGCAACACCAAAAAAGACUGUGGUUCGGUUCCAGGAUGAAGUCAUAUCGGACAUCGACGAUGUUACUACAGCGACUUCAAAUCGACCAUCAUCUCGGUUGUCGCCUAUUCCAGAGCCUGGUAAAGGCGAGGAAUCCUUGCUUCAGGUCUCUCCUCCCUCGCCAAUUUCACAGACGGGAUCAGACGUUUCACAAAGUCUUCAGGACACCACCGUCGACACUUUUGUAAUGUCUUCGGAAUAG